UAUAAAUAAGAAUGCUUGUAUGAGGAAGUAACAUAGCAAAUAAAGCAAUAAAAGCAUAUAUAGACUACAAUCUGAUCAUCGAAGUUGAAGGAAAUGGGAAGCUGCUCAGUCAAUCUCAUCUGUCCUGCUGUCGUAGCCAUAUUAAUCUUGCUCAGUACUACGACAGCUCCGGUGAAUGGAAGGAUGGUUACUACUAAUUCUGAAGAAAUGCAAGCUGUGUCACAAGGAUAUAAAGAGGUAAUUGAAGAAUUGGCAGCUAGAGUUCAACAAAAUAAUCACAUAUAUCAAUCUGGAAAUGAGAAAACAAAGAUGACAAUUACGUCGCGACCAAAAAAUACUAUUGAUGUAUUUGAAGAGGCUGUAAAAAUGCAUAAAAUUGCUACAGCAGAAAGUUUGGAGUGCGUGGGUGCAGGCCGUUAUUGUAACAUUGUGUUUGGACCACGAUGCUGUACUAAUGAUUUUGCAUGUGUACCACCAGGCCUUGUUGGUGGUGUAUGUGUGGCUUAAACUUAAGAAUAACGAAGCUUAGCUAGGUGCCUCAGUGCCUGGCUGCUAGCCUUCUUAAAUUUUAUCGUUUUGUUUUAUGAAUAAUAUCGCUUCUCUGUUGGUGCCUAGACAAUUAAGAAUUAACACAAGCAAAUUCGGAGUAAGCUAUGUACUAAUAAAAGCGUGUGUGUGCUAGGUUGAUUUAUAAAUGGAAGAUGUAUCUUGUUUUAUUAAUAAUGUCGCUUCUCUGUUGGUGCCUAGAUAAUUAAGAAUUAACUAACACAAGCGAAUUCGGAGUAAGCUAUGUACUAAUAAAAGCGUGUGUGUGCUAGGUUGAUUUAUAAAUGGAAGAUGUAUCAUGUUGGUUGAAUGUACGUGUAACCAAAAAAGAAUGCAAUGUACGUGUAUCACUGAUUUGGUUAAUGCAGUUGUAUUCAGAUCUAUA